AUGGGGAGAGGGAAGAUUGCGAUUAAGAGGAUUGACAAUUCAACAAACAGGCAAGUCACUUUCUCAAAGAGACGAAGUGGUCUGCUCAAGAAAGCCAUGGAGCUUGCUAUCCUCUGUGACGCUGAAGUUGGGGUCAUCGUCUUCUCCAGCACCGGCAAGCUCUAUGAAUAUGGAAGCUCCAGUCUUAAGUCAAUUAUUGACCGCUAUAAUAGACACAAAGAGGAACAGCAUCCACUUAUGAAUCCAGCUUCAGAAGCCAAGUUUUGGCAAAGAGAAGCAACAGUCUUGAGGCAACAACUUCAACAUUUGCAGGAAUUGCGCAGGCAAUUGAUGGGUGAACAAGUUUCUGGUUUGAGCAUUAACGAAGUGAACAAUUUGGAAAAUCAACUGAAGAUGAGUUUAAAACGUGUCCAGACCAAAAAGGAUCAAAUCUUAACUGAUGAGAUUAAAGAGCUACGACAAAAGGGAAAUCAAAUUAGUCAAGAAAAUGUUGAACUCUGUCAAAGGAUACAAGUCAUCAAGAAGGAAAAUGCAGAGUUAAAAAAGAUUUGUGAGGAAAGAGCUAUGAAUGAAGAAAAUGAGAGUUUCAGUGCACCAUACACUAGCAACCUGCAGUUGAGCCAGCAGCCACAAUCUGAUGAAGCUAGUGAGCCACCAACCAAAGCAAUGGAACUGGGAUUACAGCUGCUUUAAUUUAGCAAUAGCUGUUUGAUCAUUUAGGAUUUUCCGACACCGUUUG